AUGCUUCUCCGCCUCGGUCUGCUGGGCCAGCUCGCCCUGCCUGCUCUGGCCGUCGUCCACGAGCGACUGGCCGCCGUCCCCAGCGGAUGGACCCUUGUCCAGGAGGCUGAUGCCUCGACCCCUAUUCAGCUGUCCGUCGCCCUCGUCCAGCAGAAUCUCGAUCAAUUGGAGUCCAAGCUGCGCGCCGUGUCGACGCCCGGCAGCCCGGACUACGGCAAGUGGCUGGAUCACGAUGAGGUGAACGCCCUGUUCCCCGUCGUCAACGACUCCAACGUCGUCGCCUGGCUGCAGAGCGCCGGCAUCUCCGACAUCCACCGCACCGGCAGCGCCGUCAACUUCGCCACGACCGUGGGCACCGCCAACCAGCUGCUCAACGCCAGCUUCGCCUACUACUCGAGCGGCGCCAGCACCAAGCUGCGCACCACCCAGUACUCCAUCCCGGAUCACCUCGUCGGCGACAUUGACCUGAUCUCGCCCACCACCUACUUUGGCAAGUCCUCCGCUGCCCGCACCAUCACCAGCUUCCGUCCCAGCAAACGCCAUGCGACUACUACGGCGUCGAAGACCACGUCCAAGAGAGCGUCGUCCGUGUCGGUGGACCCCUCGUGCCAGACCCUGAUCACGCCGUCCUGCAUCAAGCAGCUGUACAGCGUCGGCAGCUACACGGCCGACCCCAAGUCCGGCAGCCGCGUCGGCUUUGGCAGCUUCCUCAACCAGUCGGCCAUCUACCUGGAUCUCGAGCUGUUUGAGCAGCGCUUCGGCAUCCCGUCGCAAAACUUCUCCGUCGAGCUGAUCAACGGCGGCAUCAACGACCAGAAUCUGGCCACCGCCCAGUCGGAGGAGGCCGACCUGGACGUCGAGAUGAUUGUGGGAGUCAGCCAUCCGCUGCCGGUGGUCGAAUACAUCACCGGUGGAUCUCCCCCUUUCAUCCCCAACCUGGAUGAGCCGACUCCCGCGGACAACGAGAACGAGCCGUAUCUGCCGUACUACGAGUAUCUGCUGUCGAAGCCGAACGACGAGCUCCCUCAGGUGAUCAGCAACUCGUACGGAGAUGAUGAGCAGACCGUUCCCGAAUACUAUGCCAGACGCGUGUGCAACUUGAUUGGUCUGAUGGGGCUGCGGGGAGUUUCUGUGCUGGAGUCGGCGGGCGAUACCGGCGUCGGCGCUCCCUGCCAGGCCAACGACGGCUCCAAGAAGCCCCAGUUCACGCCUCAGUUCCCCGGCACCUGUCCGUAUGUCACCGCGGUGGGCGGCACGCAGGCGGUGACGCCCGAGGUCGCCUGGGAGGCUGGUUCGGGCGGGUUCAGCAACUACUUCCCGACGGCGUGGUAUCAGCAAGAGGCGGUUGAGACGUACCUGACCAAGUACGUCAGCAACCAGACCAAGGCGUACUACUCGCAGUUCACCAACUUUUCUGGGCGUGGAUUCCCGGAUGUGGCCGCGCACAGUCUGACUCCGGACGUCUUCGUGGUCGUGAACGCGACUGCCGCCAGAUCAGGCGGCACCUCGGCAGCGGCACCCCAGUUCGCAGCAGUGCUGGGCCUGCUGAACGACGCGCGUCUGCGCGCAGGCAAGCCGGCCCUAGGCUUCCUGAACCCAUUCCUGUACGCGUUGGGCUACAAGGGUCUGAACGACAUCACGGGCGGACAGUCAGACGGCUGCACGGGCAUCAACCUUCAAACGGGGAAGAAGAUCCCGGGCGCGAGCGUCAUUCCGUGGGCGCACUGGAACGCGACGCCGGGAUGGGACCCGGUGACGGGGUUGGGGACGCCGAAUUUUGAGAAGCUAAGGCAGAUUGUGCUGUCGAUUUGA